AAAUGCCACCGCGGCACCAAGGAAGCUUCUGUAACGCAGAACAGCUCUGGUGACAAUCAAUAACGUCUCAAAAGUUGCUGAGCAUGAGCCUCCUUGAAUGUCUGACUACCUCAUGUCAAAUUAUCCACACUACGGUGUGAUGGCACGAGGAACCAGGUUUAUGCAGGCCAGUACAUGGCUAAUGAUUAUCAGAGAAUGAGUCAAAUGUUGAGACGGUGUGCGCAGCGAUAUUCAGUAAACUGUGGGAAAUUACAGUUUGGAGAACCUUAGCUGGUCUCAACUGUCCCCAAAACACCAAGUCAAUUUUACAUGAUAUAAGGUAGAAAGCACAGCACCGUAGCCUACUAGCGCCGAGUGCGGGAUGGGGACAUGUUAGUUUGUAACACAGUGCAGAAACAGCUCGUUUUUUAACGGGUUAGUUUUUAAACCUGACAGUCGAGCCAAGCAUUACAACACUGUGUCACGUUAUUACCAUCUUCAUGUGUUAUCGCACUGUGCGCCAUCAUUUUGACAAAGAAAAUCGUUAGCUUUCGGUCGCCGUCUGCUGAUCACAGUGCUUUUGUGUAUGUACUUCCGCAUUCGGUGUUUGUCCCCCCCACUGACACUCGGCAACUUUCGAACAGGACGCCUAAUAGACGUUUCGACUGUCGUUUUCUCUGUGUUUACGGCAGGGUGCGUUAGAGGCUCAGUGCUCUAACUCAGCCAUGAGCAUCAUCGGAGCUGAAGAUGAGGAUUUCGAGAAUGAUCUGAAUGAUGUGGUGGAUGACCAGUCCAAAGUCUUUAACAGCGUUGAACAGUUGAAGGAUCGGCCGACCCACCUGCUGGUCUUCAUGCAACAUGUCUUUCUGCAGUUUGAUCCUGCUCCUCUGCUGUGUUACCUCCAUGCUGACCUCUUCAAAACCCUCAGUGCCAAAGAGACAAAGAAGCAAUUUGUGGAGUUUUACAACACCUUCUUGGACAAGGGUGCAACACUGAGAGUGGCAGUGCCAUCUGUUGUAUCCUAUGAACUGGACCGAACGCGUCCAGAUCUGCUGUCCGAGGACCUCCAACGACGUUAUGUUCAGGAGGUUCAGAGCCUGCAGGCUGCCGAAGUGGCCAAGCAGCUGGAAGACUUCAGGCAGAAGAGGAUGAUGGGUAUGACGCCCAAUGAGGCCGAGCUGAUUGAUGUGGAGAACCACUAUCCCACAGAUCGUGUCCCAUUGGAGAUGAAGGAGAAGUCUGUGGCUGAGAACCUGCUGGACAAGAUGUCUGAGACACAACCCACAAUCGUCUCAGACGAGGAAAAAUGCCAAUCCAUCUUCACAGCUGUGGUCUUCUACAUGAAGCACCUUGGGGUUAAAACCAGGGCAGCUGACAGUAAGAAGUCCAGAGGAGGCUUCUUCAGGAGACAGCUUGUAAAGAAUAAGAAGGAUGAAUCCACAAAGCCCAAGCCCAGAGGGGUGUUUCCUGGUAUGCCUAGCUGGAUUGCAGGCAACACUGAGGUCAAACCUAAAAUGGAGAGUGAAGCGGAAAAGGACAAAGUGAAUCCAGAGCGUAAGGGUCCCCCUCCCGGCAGAAGCUCUGUCAUUGAACCUUCAGCCCCUUCUCUCCCUAGCAGGAGGGAAGGGACGACCAGGAGGGAUGGCCCUCCCUCCCUGCCUGGGCUAGAGAUCACUGAUGGCUCAGGCAACAACAUAAAUGCCAUCAACAUCCCUGAGUCUUCACACAGUGAUGGCCCCUUAAGCAGUCGCUUAGAGCCUCCAGUCCUGUCAGAAGGGGGUGAUGUCUCCCCUGUCGGGCUGGGAGGUGGGCUGACCAUUGGGGAGCCCAUCUUGCCCAGUGACAUUUCCACAGAGGACAAUGUGGAGAAAGACAGACGGAAGACAAGUAGGAAAGUGGGACGUAGCGAGAGUGCUCGGAUGGACCGACACCCCUCUCGCCGCCGCGGCUCUUCCCGGGCCAAACAGUCCCGCUCCCGUAGUGAUGUGGACCUCCAACCACCUUCCACCCCGACUACACUUGCCCCGCUCACCCCCCAGCACUCCCAUUUUGCCGAGGGACCAGUAUUGGAUUCAGAAGGGCAUGGCCACUCUCCAACCAGCCCCUCCCCACAGGUGGAGGAGAUGGAGCCGCGCCUUCUGGAGUUUGAGCAGGACCCACCCAACUGGAGGGAGCUGGCCUCCCCUGAAGCUCUGUCCAGUCUCAGCAAGAAGGAGACCAAGAGGCAGGAGGUCAUCAAUGAGUUGUUUGCAACAGAGCAUGCCCAUGUGCGAAUGCUAAGUGUCCUUCAGGCGGUUUUCUCAAGGCCUCUAGAGAGGGAGGAACUACUGUCCGCCACUGAGCUUUCCGCCAUCUUCCCAAACCUGGACGAGAUUAUUGAAAUGCAUUAUAACUUCUAUGAGAACCUGAAGAAACUGCGUUUGGAUGACAAGUUCAUAGUCAAAUCCAUCAGCACCACAGUGCUCAAUAGGUUUGGAGGUACAGAGGGGGAGUGGUUCCAGAAAUUGACAGCCCGCUUCUGUAGUCACCAGUCAUGGGCCUUGGACCAGAUCAAGAACAGGCAGAAGAGAGAGCCACGCUUCAACGCCUUCAUACAAGAGGCAGAGAGUAAGCCCCAGUGCCGCAGGCUGCAGCUCAAAGACAUCAUUCCUAUAGAGAUGCAGAGACUGACCAAGUAUCCACUACUGCUGGAGAAUAUCGCCAAGAGCACAGAGGACCUAACAGAGAAGGAGAGGAUCCAGCAGAGCGCAGAGUGCUGCAGAAAGAUCCUCAACCAUGUCAAUGAGGCGGUCAAAGUGAUGGAGAACCUAUUGACUUUGAGGGAGUACCAGCGUAAACUGGACACAUCAGGGCUCAAACCAAGUAACGAGCUUUAUACUGAAUAUAGGAACAUUGACCUGACUCAGAAGAAGAUGCUUUAUGAAGGUCCCCUGACCUGGAGAGUUACCAAAGAGAAAGCUAUUGAGGUGCAGUGUGUGUUACUUGGGGAACUACUGGUGCUUCUACAGAGGCAGGAUGACAAGAUGGUCCUCAAAUGCCAGAGCAAGAGUAACAUCGCUGUGCAGGAGGGCAAGCAGAUGCUGAGCCCCAUCAUCAAGCUGGACUCAGUCUUUCUUCGUGAGGUGGCCACAGAUCGAAAGGCCUUCUAUGUGAUAUUUACUUGGGACAGUGGUGCUCAGAUCUACGAACUGGUGGCUCAGUCUGUUGGAGAGAGGAAAAUCUGGACUGAUGUCAUAAAGUUAGCAGUGGAUGAUCUGAAGAAGAGCGGAGCACCCAUGAAGCUGCAGCUGCCUCCUGGAGGGGGAGUACCUCCCUUCAGUCCCUCCACGCUGAAUGCCCCUUUGAGCCCGACUGAGAAUGGAGGUUUGAAAAGCAGCAGUGAUCGAGAUAAGGACAGCUUGAUGGAUGACAAGUCUUCAGACCCCAGGCACAGGCUGAUUGAUUUCCUGUCAGAAAAAGGCUUUGAUGUGAUAGGCCACUCCAACAACGAUCAGGUGAAGGUGGCCAGCAGUGCUUUGGAUGAAGUCGCAUCACUGAAAAGGCUGCUGGUGGGUAGCAUCAGUCUGUCAGAAGACUCACAGCCCGAUGAAGAAAACGGAGAAGAGCGAACAGAAAGGUCCAUGCAAGAAAUGGAUCAGAGCUUUCACUCAACAGAAGAAAGCAGCACCACGGCCAGAGGAGAGGACCAGGAGAACAAUAACACGUGUGAAACGGAUUGCGCAGCGAUGAAAGGAGAGGAGGACAGGAGCAUCAGUGCGCCCCUGGUGUUGUCCCAGGAGAGGAUGGAGGAAGUGUGCAGGAGGAUCAAUUUUCUGGAGGAACAAGUAAAGAGAUUACAGACUGUAGAAGAGGAGCACCACAGGCUGCAGGAGGCCCUAUCUGAGUUCUCACUGCAGGGGGGUCAUUUCCAGUGAGACACCAUCACGCCACCUGCUGGUCACCAGAUUUUAACCUCUGCUGGGUUGGAGUGCAAGAGAGACUUUCAGAGGCUUCCCUGAAAAUUCCUAAAUCUGCAUAAGUCAAGCCUGGACCAUUGCUGCUUUAUUUGUUUAUGUCACAGCUUUUUGCAGCCAGGCAGGAAGUUUUCUGCCUGACAGAGGAGAGGGAGGGAUUUCUGCGCAGGGCAAUAGUUCAGUGAUGGAACAUGGGAGGUGUGUGCAUGUGUAUGUGUGUCUGUUUGUGUGCAUGCUUGAUAAUAAGGUAUACACAGGAAAAAAAAAACAAAAAAAAAAAAGCAAGACCCUACUUUUGAGUGGGAGGUUAUAUUUGCGGAGUGGUGCCAAAAAAGAAGCACUAUUUUGCUGUUAGAGAGAUGCUGCCUAACAAACUGUAGAGAUUGCAUUCUGCUGUAACACACAUAUGCACACCAGAGACAUGCACACUAGGAAAUAACUUCUGAUUAUUGCCAAUAGCAGAUGUACAGUAAUGGAGAAACCCUAUAUUUGCCUGUCAAAUUAUCUAAACCAGGUGGAACCCUUAAGGUGCCAAUGUAGCAUUUGAAGAUGUUUUGAAAUACUACUGCUGAUAUAUAGUGUUAUUUGUAGUCUAUGCCAAAGUUCCACAGAGAUGCACUUUUUUUUUCUUAUCAGAAUCAGUUGAGCCCACUGUUUUUGCAAAAUUUAUUAAGGUUACUCUCAGUAGUUACUCAGUACUGUCAGUUUUUGAACUGCUGGACCUGAAAAGAUGCAUGCAAGAAUGGGUGUGUAUGUGUGUUACAAAUUUUUUAAUUAAAAAUGUGUGUAUUUGGGGGUUCUUACUGUUAUUACGUCACAUGGAAACAGUUAUAUAUCAUGGCGCUAUAGGUAAUCAUGAUGUUAAUAAUGGAGACUUCUUUGUAUCUACCGCUUUUAUUUAUUCCUCGAAGUCCUGUUAGGUCAGUGAGUCGCCUCACACAGGGGAAACUGUUACAGCAUUGGGCUGAGAAAGAUAAGAGCAGGGUGUCAGUGAAAAGACAAAACAAGAAGGCAAUUCAUGGAUGUGUAACAGAGAUAAAGGCAGAGAGUAAAGAGAGCAGAUGCAGAGAUGGGGAGUGAGUUUUAGAGGCUGUUGCUUUGGUUUAUUUGAAGCCAGUUUGAACCAGAUGGUCAUGAGAAGAUGUGUAUAAACCAUGACAUUAGGAUUUGUGCUCACUGUACAGAAGAAAAAUGUAUGUACACACACAUCUACAAACACUGAGGGCCUAGUGCUGUAGCAGUGUUGUUCACUGCCAAGCUAACUUCUGUAGCAUCAUCUUCCCUAAGGGAGUCCACAGCUCCUGAUCCAAAACACAGACUUCAGAGGAGGUUAUGAAUUGUAUUAUGUGCCGUUAGAUUCACAUGUUGCUAGUUUUUAAAAAGGUCUAUUCUUCCCUGGCAGCAGUAUUUGUACCAAAAUUGUGCUGUGUCUUUCUAUUUUAUUCAGCAGUUGACUGUAAUUAUAAUGGUGUGAUAUGAGUAGUGGCACAACUGUGGCCAUGCACACAGGACCAAAGACGACAAAGUACUGUUGCAUCCUCACAUAAGCUCUGGUUUUCUUUUUGGCAUUUCAUCUGUAUAUUAGCACAUCACUUAAUGCUGAUGGCACACCAGCACAGCAAAAGUAAAGGCAACUUAAAGGGUUUCAGAAGCACAGAUGAACAAGGCACUGGUUGUCAAUAAAGUACCACAUUUUCAGUUCUCCAGCUAAUGUAAAUAUAUAGAUGAAGAAUGAAGCUCUAGCCUUGUGACCAAGCACAAUCUAUAAAUCUGCCAUUUCUUGUAAACACUUCAUUGACUUUAAUGAGUCCUCAGGGUCUUUCUGGGUCAGCAAAGUAAAAACAAGCUGUACUGUUGUGACCUGGUUUUGGGGGCGAGACUGAACAAGUACAAAGCAACAAGCCAGUCAGUGAUGGUACAAAGGAAUUGGUGACAAUCUGAAGGGGGGAGAACUGCAAUCAUUACCCAGUGCCACUCUCACAGUACUGUAAUCAUGAUCACUUCCUGAUAUGCAUUCUCAUUGUUGUUGCCACAAUAUGUAUGCCCUUCACUUCUGUAUCAAAUUAUGCAAAUGACAGUGCUAUCAGUCACUUGACUGUCACAAGUUGCUAAAAUAUGCGUUUGUGUGAACGUUUCUACCAUUCCUCUGAGAAACUGUACAUAAAUGUUAUUUUGAAGGAGAAGUGGAGAGAAAGUAUAAAUUAGCUCCCUUUGUUUUCAAUAAGCUUAUUAGCUGCAUACACCUCAUGAUAACACGCUCACCUCUUGUGAUAGCAUGCUCACCUUUUCCUGCUGCACAGUUUUACCAUAUGAUGAUGUGUAUUUCAUUUACUUAAAUGGGUCGGGGAGGAUUUUGUCACAGUUUUUGUUAGCAGCGAGAGAGACAGGACUCGUCUGUAUCUUGUCUAUGCAUGAGCAAAUUUAACAAUUAAUUAUAUUAACAAUUAUGCAAACUUUGUAACCAUGACAUAUGUUUUUUUAAAGUGUGACUAAAAAUGUAAACCCACACUGAGCUGUGGCUAGUCAGCCUACCAGUGGAAUACAUGCAUUGUAGAGAUUAUCUCAACCACGGAUUUUUAACUGUUAAACUGCCGGUGUCAGUAGGUUCGAACCAGUUAACACCAGCAUACAGUGAUGCCUUCAUAUUUCACUGGCAAAAAGACUAUUACAGCCGCUCCUUGCUCUCUCUCUCUCCUCCAGAUGCUCUUCCUCAUGUAUUCUAUAUACAGAUAGCUAGCCGGAUAGAAAAUAUAUUUAUAGAGUGAUGCCUUGUUCUGAUGAUUGAGUUUGUUGCUUCAUAAAGGGCUGUUAAGUCUACAAACACAAUCACUGGUGUUCUGAUGGACACUCUUGCAUGGAGAACUUCAGACAGUGAGAGAUGAUGACCAAAUGACUCAUGGGCAUCAAGGGAUGUUAAGAGUUUUAACUUGGCCUACACCAAACUGUUUGUGUCCAUUUAUAUUAUAAUAAUAGGAUUUUAGCCCUUUACCAACUCUGCCAACCAGUGCUCUGUAUAGAAGAAAACACUGUCAUCUUGUCUGUCUAUAAACAAUGAAUAUGCAAGAA